AAUGUCUAAAGACUUUUCAGAAUAUUUGAAAGGAAUAAAAAAAGAAGAAACACAUGAUGAUAUUGAUUUAAAAGAGUUAGAAAGUGUGUUUGAUGAGAAGAAAUAUGAAGUUAAAUGGUGGUAGAUUGCUAUCGGAAAUUCAUUCACAACCACUGCUUUAGGGUAAUAGAUUGACAUUUAAUAAGAUAAGAAUAUUGACAUAGCCAUUGCAAGUAAUACAUACUACAUUUUAAUUAUCAAUAAAAAGAAUGGACUUUUAAGUUAAUAAUCUUAAAGACAUUAUGGAAGCAAAAAUCACAUUAGGAGAAUAAAAGAAAUUAGAAUAGAUUUUGAAAUAUAAAAUUGUAAAUUACUAAGGUGCAUCCUAUUAAAACUAUAAUGCUGUUUUUAGAGGAAUAGGUGAAUAAGGAUUUUUAGGGUUUUUUAAAGGAUUAGGAACUGGAAUAGCCUUUUAAAUCACAAAUUCUUAAUUGAGAUAUUUCUUAAUAUAGAAGUAUUUUAAUGAAAAGAAGUUAAUUCAAAAUUUGUAUGCUUCAUUAGUUGGAAUGGUAGUUGAUGUAUUCACAAAUCCAUUAAUGCUAAUAUAAUCCAAAAUGAUUUAUCAAAAUAGAUUACCAAAUUUUAGAACUUAUAGAUCAAUCUAUGAUUUAUUAAAGAAGGAGAGAAAUCUUUAUAAGGGUGCAUUAGGACAUAUUUAUAAACAUAUAUUUAUAUCAUUAUCUUAAAUGCCUUCAAUCUAUAUAAAUGAUACAAGAUUAUGUUUAGGCUAUUUAUUAAUGAUUCAAUAGAUAGUAUCAUAUCCAUUUUUAACUGUGAUUAGGAGAUUACAUUGUUAAGGUUCAUCUCCAUUCAUGUUAUAGACAAAUUAUUAAGGAUUUUGGGAUGGAGCAAAAUAAAUUUAUUAAUAAGAAGGAAUUUUAACAUUUUAUAGAGGAUUUUUUGCUUUUGGUAUUGCAAAUUCAUUUAUGGCUUUUGUAUUAUAUUCAACAUAACUUUUGGGAGAAAGUUAAGAAUGAAGU